AUGCCUCGCUUCACUCCGUGGGUGCUGGGAGUGGCCUCGAUCACAGUCUGUGCCGUCAUCUGGACCGCCGCCUCUGUGGUGAAGAAGCGCAUCUUCAACGACCUCAGCUUUGACCAGCCGUUUGCGCUCUCGGUGGUCGCCAAUGCGUGCUAUGUCGUACACUUCCUGAGCUGGGGCGUGCGCUCGGCCGUCGCCUCGCGGCGUGCGGGCCGGAGACGGCGCGCGGACAAUCGCGUCGAGCUGCUCGAGACGCCGCUGCCGCCAGAAUUGGCCGCACCUGACCGCACAUGGCGCGCCGAGGCGUGGGCGGCGCUGCUGAUCAUGCCCGUCUUCUUUGCGGGGCAGUGGAGUUACGGCGUGGGCCUGGCGAUGACGUCGGUGACGUCGAGCACCGUCAUCUGCACCACCUCCUCGGUCACCACCUUCCUUGGCUCGCGCUACUUCCUGAGCGAGCCGUCGUCGGCCAAAAAGUGGCUCGGCGUGCUGCUCUGCAUCGCGGGCGCCGUGCUGCUGCUGCAGGGCGACCGCGCGCCCUCGGGCCCGGCCCCGUCGUGGGUCGGCGACCUGAUCUGCUGGCUCUCCGCCCUCUUCUACUCUGCGUACGUCCUCCUCGUCCGCGCCCUCGUCCGCGACCCUCUCCAGUUCUUCUCCUUCCUCGGCGCCUAUGUGCUCCUGCUCGGCGGCCCGGCGGUCGCGCUGCUGCUGCACUUCUCGCCCGCCUACGCGGGGCCCUUCUGGGCCUCCUUCAGCCCCGAGGUGCUCUGGCUCCUCCUCCUCACCGGCCUGCUCGACAACGCCCUCUCCCAGUUCUUCUGGGCGCAGGGCGUCCUCCUCACGUCCCCGACCGUCGCCACCGCCGGGCUCGGCCUGACCAUCCCGCUCUCGGUGGCGUCCGACCUCCUCCUCGGCCACUCGGUGGGGCCGUGGCAGUACGCCGCCUCCGCCGUUGUCGGCGUCGGCUUCCUCCUCGUCAACCUCGGCCACCACGCGGCAAAGGAGGAGCCGGCGGACGACAACGCGGCGCCCCUGUCGGAGACGCGCCAAGAGGCGGCGGGCGGCGGGCGCCAAUGA